UUCUUGAAAAAGAAUGAUAGGAUAUAUACAUGGAAAUAAACAAAAUACAACUUUCCUUUUGGACGACUUACACGUUUAAAAACAAUAAGGGUACAUACUUUCUGUUUGCUGCUAAAUCUAAUGGAGGAAACUAAUAUGGAGGAAAAGGUCCAUGAGAUUCUGCAAAGCGCUGAUGAGACAAGAAAGAUGUCAACGGUUAUCUUACAGGGGGUACAAGAGCUCAACACUCUACCUGAUCUAUGUCCAUGUUCUGAUGCUUUACGAGAUGCAAAAACAGCAUUAACACAGCUAAACUCCAAGGUCGAACUAUUAAAUGAAACAAACCGAGAAAUGGAAAGACGUUGCAAAGAGCUUCAAACACAACUAUGGGACCUCAGAAAUGCAUUCAACAAACUUCAAACGGACAUGCUAGAUCAAAGUGAGAAGACAACAGGAAGUAAUCAAAACCACUGUUCCAAUGGUACAAGAACAUCUGCACGAACGGAUAACACUGAUAGCCAUUCAGAAGCAGGUCAUCCAACAUCCUGUCAAGAGUCGAACAACUGCGUAGUGAAACAACCUUCUAGCAGCAGCAAACCAAAAUUGUUGCAGAAGGAGAGAAUCGACACUCGAACACCUUUUGCAGGAAAUAAAACGUCAAGCGAUAACCCACGAAGUUGCCAAGAUAAAGUAGUUCGCCAGCGUGUAAAGGCCUAUAAGUCCGGACUUGACGAAUGGCAUGCGUUAGCAUUGCGCGAAGGCAAGUCUGAUAUCCGAACGGAUCUGAUUGGCAUUCGAAAUGUCGUUCUUAUUGAUAUUUCGGAGAGCAUGGUUGACGCCUGGGCGCAAGUGAAUGGUUUCUUCAAUGAUUUUCUGUCAGGUUUGGCGAGCUUGCUGGACUGCGGAAUUGAUGUUGAGCUGGUUGCCUUAGCAACGUUUGGACACGAGACAAAAGUGCGACAGAAACUAACAGGGGAUAUUCAAGUGCUAAAGUCUGCAUUUGAGCAAAUAACGCUUGGAGGACCAACACCUUUCGCUGCAGGCUUACUGAUGUCCUUGGCCGCCCUCGGCAUCUUUGAACGAACGAGCAGUGCUGCAGUUGUGAAUGGAAUCGAGCUUCCCUCAAGAAUUGUCAUUCUAACAGACGGUUAUCCAACAGAAACAGACCUUUAUAUGGGUCCCGAUGUGACAGAUAACGUCCACUUAGAAGAGACAAAGCACGGCAUCAUCUCACUUUUGGAGCAAACGAGAGGUCAUAAGCUGGAAAUAUGUGUUGUCCCAGUUGGUCACACAAACCAAGACUUUAUGAGUUUCGUGGAGGAUGAAGUUAAAGGCAAGAUUUACAGUCACCAGGACGGUCAAAAAUUAGCUAGAAGAACGCUCGACACACUGGCCGCAGGACAAUUGCUGCGUGGUGUUUAUCCAGUUUCAUUUGGCGGAGAAGAUUUGGAAAAGAAAUUCACAGAAAUGCAAGAACAUUCAGUGGAUUUGAUACAACUUCUUACAAACGCUCAAUACCCUCAGGAUCAGUACACGGAGACCACAGGAACUAAUUUACCCGCGCCUGGUUCCCGAGUUUCUAGAGGCCCUGACUGGAGAUAUCGCGAUGACGACGAUAAGUGGAUGGGAACCAUCGUGGGACAUCGGAAUGAAGAUCAAGUGUGGGUAGUUUGGGACGCGCUGGACACACGCGGUUGUCUGUACAGAUACGGAAUGGGAGGGGCUUAUGAUGUCAUUUUAACUGAUGAAGGUCGGAUACUUGAGGAAAAAAAGGCUAUUGCUGUUGGAUGCCAAGUAAGACCAGGCCUAGGAUGGAAGAGUUCAAACACUGAUAUUGGCUUGCAAUGUGUCGGGGUUGUAUUACGUGUUCAUAUGACCGGUGCGGUCCCAAAGGCGCUGGUACGUUGGAAGAACGGUGCCAAAGGAGAAUACUCGUACAUGACAGAAAGCCCUGCGCAACCGGAAAUUCAACUUGUGUCUGAUAGUACACCGACAGUCAUUCGACAGGGUUUACAGUCUGUCGUUAAACAAACAAAAAACAAAAACAAGUAUAAGUAGAACCUCUUCGCGAAAGAAUCAGUAGCAGUCCUUCGUUAAAACUAUGUUACUCUUCUGCGUUAAAGACUUAUUAGUACCUAUGCGUUUUACAACAUGACGGGACUUAUCUCAUGGCCCGGUUUCGAAGUUUUGUAGCACGUCUCAGUUUGAUACUUGGCUUACACCUGACGUUUUACUUUAUUCAGAUCCAUACUUUGUGAGUCUUUUUUGAAUACUACAAAAGGAUAGUGAUGUCUUUCUGAGUGUUUUAUGAUCUUGAUAUAACUUUGCAAUAGGUACCAGUGGGAUCAUUUAGUAUAUUUGAUGUUUCUCUAAUUCUUAAGUUAACGGAGAAGUAAAUUAUUAUUUUUUGAAUUUACAAAGAUAUAAAUAGACAAUAAAUAUGCCAUCAAUGUAUUUUGUGUGCGAAUUGCUACUAAGUAUGCAACGAAAGAAUAAACAAAUGGUUGUGUGAAGUAACAGUCACACCUACAUUGCUACCCGGAUUCAACCUCUUCACGACUGAUUUUAUUCAAUGGCGGUGCAACCACUUCUGUCCAUAAUAAUAUUUUAAAUUAGAGUUUGAUUUUCGAUCUUCAAGCGAUAGGUUUUAAAACUUAUGAGUUAUUGAUAGGCAUUUUAUUGGCAACCGUUUACUACAGAUACGGCGUUAGGCUCUCAACUGAUUGAGACCGAUUUGUGACUUGUCAGCAAAUCUUUUGUGACUGGUUUGGACUGAACGGGGGCUGGUCGAAUUGAUAGUUGUCGAUCAAUCACCGAACAAAACAUAAGUCAUAAAACAUGUGCGUAUUACACACUAAAAGUUAACAAAUGACAUGAGUGAAUUUGAGUUAUAAUGACAAUAGUUUGUGGAAAUCGUUGUUAAUCUUAUAUUCACAUUGGUAAAAUAUUUUAUUCACAAGGUAUAUAUUUUGUAUUUAUUUACUAUAGCUCGAUUAAAACCCCCAGAUGGAAGCAGAUUUCGGGUCACUCUCGCUUUCGUUUCCUGGGAAAAACAAGUACUUUGUUAAAUUUUAGAUGACGUACGCUUCUUUUGUUUAGAUCUACAUUUAUGCGACGAUGGCAUCAUUUAAGAACAGAUCAAAGAAACUAUAAACAGAUUUUAAUGUGUAUUUUUAAGUAUUUUUAACCAGCUUACAUUAUGUUGAACAUCAAUAAAUAUGUCGAUGAAAACGUUCAAAACGAUAUAUUUCUAGCUUCAAGAUAAGAAAUGUGAUAGGAAAUAACGCUAUUUAGUACAUUUGGAGAACUGUAUACCGAAAUUUGGAAAAAGGACUACUACUUCUAUAUCAGAUAGGUAAUUCCGGAUAUAGUGAAGCAGAGGUUGGUUUACGGUCAAGUAUUUGUACUCUAGAUAAUAUGUUUUUUGUAUAUCAUGGUUUAUUUACACAUGUUUUAGUAUAAUAAGCAACUACAGUGUGUUCUUGUCCAUUUUACUAAAGCCUUAAAAGUUUAAUAAACUUGUUUGCGAUUAUUUUUUUAGUAAACUUGAGAUGUAUUCAUAUGUUAAGCCGAAAGUAAAGUAUUGUUAUCAGUUGAGUGGAACAUAUGGACAUGUAAAAAGUGUGCGGCAAGGAAAUUGAUUAUCAUCUUUCUUGUUAUCAAUGUUUUAAAUGAUUGGGAGUCUAUUUUCGAUGAUAAUAGUAAAGAUGGUAUCGAUGUAAAUUUGUUUGUACUUCUUCAUAAUAGCAAGUGCUUUUGACAUUAUUGUUGUUUGCUAAUAAUGCUGCAGAAGUGCAAUAAAGUCUUAAUUCAUUAUCAACAUAUAGGGAACGUUGAACAAUAAUUGUGAUGUCAAUAAAACAAUUACAGUAUUUUUAAGGAAAGGAGUCAUUGUUGAUUAGUUGAAUUAUGGAGGUCAACCUUGACUGAAAUAAUAAUUUUUAGAAAUCGUGGCCUUUUA